GUGGACCAAUAAGGAAGCGGAGGCCCGGCUGGCGGCGGGGAGGAGACGGUGCGCGGGAAGAGAACUUUAGGCAUUCCCAGUAGCUGCAGGGACUCACUGUAUGUCCUGUCCCAUCCCGGUCUGGUUGCAAAACAAGCUCGACUUUAGUGCUUAAGUACCAUGAAGUGCCUGAUCACCGGGGGCAACGUGAAGGUGCUGGGCAAGGCUGUCCAUUCGCUAUCCCGAAUCGGGGACGAGCUCUAUCUGGAACCCUUGAAGGACGGGCUCUCCCUACGGACUGUGAACUCUUCCCGUUCUGCCUAUGCCUGCUUCCUUUUUGCCCCACUCUUCUUCCAGCAGUACCAGGAGGCUUCCCCUGGUCAGGACCUGCUGCGCUGUAAGAUCCUGAUGAAGUCCUUCCUGUCUGUCUUCCGCUCUCUGGCAACGGUGGAGAAGACUGUGGAGAAGUGCUGCAUCUCCCUCAGCGGCAGCCACAGCCACCUGGUGGUCCAGCUCCACUGCAAGUAUGGGGUCAAGAAGACACACAACCUCUCCUUCCAGGACUGUGAAUCCUUGCAGGCUGUCUUCGACCCAGCCUCAUGCCCUCACUUGCUCCGUACACCAGCACGGGUUAUGGCAGAAGCUGUUCUGUCCUUUCCCCCUGCAUUGACUGAGGUGACACUGGGCAUUGGCCAUGGCCGACGGGUCAUCCUGCGCAGCUACCAGGAAGAGGAGGCAGAUAGCACCAGCAAAGCCAUGGUGACUGAGACUAGCAUUGGGGAGGAGGACUUCCAGCAGCUGCAUGCCCCAGAAGGGAUAGCUGUCACUUUCUGCCUCAAGGAAUUUCGGGGGCUCCUGAGCUUUGCAGAGUCAGCGAAUUUGCCUCUUUCUAUCCACUUUGAUGUUCCAGGCAGGCCAGUCAUCUUUACCAUUGAGGACUCUUUGCUGGAUGCCAACUUUGUCUUGGCCACACUCUUAGAGCAAGACUCAUGUUCUCAGAACCCGUGUCCCCCAAAACACCACCAGCCAGUGCCUCAGAAGCAGGCACACAGCACACCCCACUUAGAUGACUUUACCAGCGAUGACAUCGACUGUUACAUGAUUGCCAUGGAAACCACCGGGGGCAAUGAGGACUCCCGGGCACAGCCUUCCACAUCCCUCCCACCUGUCUCCCAGGCCUCCCAUGACCUUGCCCCCACCUCAGAGGAGGAAGGGGAGGAGGCUGAGCCUAGUACAGUGCCUGGGACUCCCCCACCCAAGAAGUUCCGGUCACUUUUCUUUGGCUCCAUCCUGGCCCCUGUACACUCCCCCCAGGGUCCUAACCCUGUGCUGGCCGAAGACAGUGAUGGUGAAGGAUGAACCUGAGAAACUAAAGUCUGUGUCCAAAGGCUCAUGGACCAGAAGCAGGCCCAGCCACUGGCAGAGUUGGGCCUCGGCCUCCGGACAUGGAAAAAGGCCUUGGGUAGGCCCCACUUGGCUGGCUGCUGCAGAGCUACCUCGGCAACCCAACCAUGUCUGCUCUGUGUUCUGUAUUUACUCAGCCUCUAUCAAUCAUGUCUCUUUCUGGUGCCCAGCUGUCACCUAGCAGAUUCUUCACCUCACUUUGAGGCUCUGUAGUAUGACUUCUGGCCAAAGCCAGAAACAGCUCACUCGGGCUCACCUGCCUCUAAAAAGGAAAGCUCAGUGUUGAACCCAUGGUGAACUCCCACUGCGGACCUGUCAGACCCUUCUGCGGUCCAGAGGGACUGUUUGUCUUUCAUCACACUUGACUGUCACUGAUGUUGCCCAUGUUCAGCCACUCAGUCUGCCCUCCCAGGUGGCUUUGUACCAAAGAACUGCUGGCCUACUGGGAUGAGAGAGACAGAGGCCAUGGUGAGAAUCCAGCUUUGACCUUUAUUCAAGAGACCAGAUGGGUUGCCCCAGGAUCUGGCUGCCAGCCAUGCAAGGCUGGAGACCCACAAUCUGGUCUGCCAUUGCCCUGAGCUGCAGCCUUGACCCCAGGAUUCCACUUGUAGCCACCACAGGUGCUGGUGGGAGGGAGCCCUGGGGGAUUAGAUGCUGCUAUUGAUUCUUUAAAAAAUAAAGGAAAGACACUUAA